AGACAGUUGUAUAAAAAGCAAGUUGUUGUCUACAACACUCGUCAUACGUAAAACUUAAGGUUGCGAGUUAAGAACAUUCUUAAAAAAUAAAAUAAACCAAUUGUCGGUUUAUUUAACAAAAAAAUUUAAUAAAUAAACAACAUUUUGGAAUAGGUGCUAAUUUUAAUAAAAUAACACAAAAUGCGCUCUCUAUUAUUGUUCGCUAUUUUGGCCUGCUUUUUGGCCUUGGCCUGGUCUGCUGCUGUAGCAAUACAACCUGAACCAGAAACUGCAGUCGCUGAAACUUUAUUUGAUGUAGACACAGGUGUUGAGGAGCACAGCAAUGAGAGUGCCCGCCAAGCGCGUCAAUUCUUUGGUGUUGGCUACUAUGGCCGUCCCUAUUAUGGAGGCUAUGGCUUUGGCGGUUACCGUCGUCCCUACUAUGGUGGUUAUUAUGGCGGCUACGGUCGCCCUUACUAUGGCGGUUAUUAUGGUCGUCCAUACUAUGGAGGUUAUGGCGGUUUCUAUGGUUAAACUAAUUUUUCAGUUAAUUGUGUCGUUGUAUUUUGUAAAUAUGUAACUGUUUUAGAGUUAAGAAAAUAAAAUAAUAUAAAUAUUUAUAUUAAUAAAAAAAAAUUUUAAUUUAAACUUUG